AUGUAUUUCUCUGUGGAAAUGUAUAUUUCAUUUUUUUCAUUAUUUCCUUCUUUCAUUUUUCUUCCUACUUUAUUUCCUUUCUUCCUUCUUUUCUUCCUUUUUAACAUUUCUUUCUUUCCUUUUUCUCUUCCUUCUUUCUUUCUUCAUUAUUUCCUUCUUCGAUUUUUUCUUCCUACUUUAAUUCCUUCUUUCCUUUCUUUCUUCGGUUCUUCCUUUUUUUCUGUUCUUUUUCUUUCUUUCUUUCUUUCUUUCUUUCUUUCUUUCUUCAUUUCUUUAAUUUCUUUUUCUUUAAGUUCCCCCACCCUUUUCUUCCUGCUUUCCAUUUUACUUCUUUUUCCUCUUUUCUUUCCCUCCUUUCCUUCCCUCUUUCUUUCUUCUUUUUUUCUUUCAUUUCCUUUCCAGACAUUUUUUUUUCUUUUUCCCUUCCAUCUUUUCUUGUUACAUUUUUCUUUCUUAUCUUCUUUCGUUCAUUUGUUCCUUCUCUCAUUCUUUCUUUCUUCUUCCAUUCUCACUUUUUUCCAUCCAUUUACCUAUCUUUCUUCUUUUUUUUCCUCAUCCUUUUCUUUUCUUCUUUCCUGUUUAUCCUCUUCUUUAGCUUUCUUUCUUUCUUUUUCCUUCCAUAGUUCCUUUUUUUCAUUCUUUCUCACCCAUAUUCCGCCGUUCUUUCUUUUUAUUUUUAUUCUAUCUUCCUUUUUUCUUUCUUUCUUUCCUUCUUUAAUCUUUUCCUUCCUCCCUUUCUCUCCUCUUUUUUUUUUAUCCCCUUUCUUCUUUUUCCCUCUCAGCUUUUCUUUUUGCAUUCUGUUUCCAUUCCUUCCUUCUUUCCUUCCUUCCUCCCUUCCUUCUGCUUUGCUUCAUUUUUUAUUCUAUUCUUUCUUUUUCUUUCUUUUUCUUUCCUUCUGCUUUGUUUCCUUUCUCAUAUUCUUCUUUCUUUCUUUCUUUCUUUUUUCUACCAUUUUCCUUACACCCAUCUUUCCUUCUUUCCUCAAUAAUUUAUCCUUCCUUUUUUCUAACUCUUCUUUUCUUUCUUUCUUUUUUUCUUUCUUUCCUUCCCUCCUUCCUUCUUUCGAAAACGGGUUAUCGGUUUUUGAAUUUUCAUUAUUACUUUCUUUGUUUCUUUCUCUCUUUCUUUCUUUGUUUCUCUCCUUUCUUUCUUUCUUUGUUUCUCUCCUUUCUUUUUUUCUUUCUUUCUUUCUUUCUUUGUUUCCUUCUUUCUUUGUUCCUUCUUCUUUCUUUUUUCAUUCUUUCUUUAUUUCUUUCAUUCUUUCUUUCUUUCUAGCUAUCUUUCCUUCUUUCUUUCUUUUCUUUCUAUCUAUCUAUCUAUCUAUCUAUCUACCAAGCUACCUACCUAUCUGA